AUGUUCUACAAAGCAGCGCCCGUUCGGGGAAAUAAUUAUUUAUUGAAGCGAAUUGCUUACUAUUCUACAUCUAAGCAUCGUCGUGUAAUAGCAAUACGCAGAGAGGACCAGUCAGUAUGGGAGCGACGAGCGCCAUUUUCUCCCUCCAACGUCAGCCGGCUCGUGCGACAAGGUGUCAAAGUUAUUGUUCAGCCCUCGAACCGGAGAGCAUACCCUAUGCAGUCCUACAUAAACGCUGGGGCUGUAGUUCAAGAAGACAUAAGCGAAGCAGGCGUAAUAUUUGGCGUAAAGCAAGUUCCGGUUGAUCUUCUUAUACCGAAUAAGACAUAUUGUUUCUUUUCACAUACUAUUAAGGCCCAGGAAGCUAAUAUGCCAAUGCUAGAUGCCAUAUUAGCAAAGAACAUUCGUUUAAUAGACUAUGAGAAAUUGAUGGAUGACUCUGGAAACCGUGUGGUAGCUUUUGGCAAAUAUGCUGGGGUUGCUGGUAUGAUUAAUAUUUUACACGGACUUGGACUAAGACUACUCGCUUUAGGACACCACACGCCGUUUAUGCACGUUGGUCCAGCGCACAACUAUCGUAGCUCAAGUAUGGCUCGUCAAGCCAUCCGAGACGCCGGCUAUGAAGUAUCCUUAGGGAUGAUGCCCAAAUCACUGGGACCUCUUACUUUUGUCUUUACUGGGUCAGGAAAUGUAUCGCAGGGCAGUCAAGAAAUCUUUCAAGAGCUACCACACGAAUAUGUACCACCAGAAAUGUUGAGGAAGGUCGCUGAGCAUGGAAGUCCGAACAAAAUUUACGGCUGUGAAGUAAGACGCCGUCACCACUUGGUAAGAAAGAACGGAGGUGGCUAUGAUCCUCAAGAAUACGAGGAACAUCCAGAACGAUACAUCUCUACAUUCGCACAAAAGAUUGCCCCAUACACAUCAGUAUUAGUAAAUUGUAUCUACUGGGCUGUGGACAGUCCAAAGCUGCUAACGAUACCUGAUGCUAAACAUCUUCUACUCCCUUCACAUACACCAUGGCUGCCAACCAGUGUCGGUGCACCAGCUUUACCCCACAGAAUGCUGGCCAUCUGCGACAUAUCGGCUGAUCCAGGCGGCUCUAUCGAAUUUAUGAACGAAUGUACCACCAUCGAUACACCAUUUUGUCUUUAUGAUGCUGACAGAAAUAAAGAUACUAAGAGUUUCAAAGGCCCUGGAGUACUAGUAUGCUCCAUCGACAAUAUGCCAACACAACUCCCAAGAGAAUCCACAGAUUUCUUUGGAGACCUUCUCUUCCCGUAUGCUGAAGAUAUAAUGAGUUCUGACGCAUCACGACCACUUAACGAACACAAAUUCGCACAAGCUGUACAAGGGGCUAUUAUCACAAGCAACGGUCAGCUAACGCCUCCAUUUGAAUACAUCAAUGAGUUGAGAAUGGCUAAUACGAACCGUUCCCGUCAUAAGGUAGAAGGUCACGACCAACAAGUGCCAAUUGUAAUCCUCGGCAGUGGAUUAGUGUCUGCCCCUGUCGUUGAAUACCUCGCUAGAGACAAGAAUGUUGCAGUAACUAUAGCAUCACAAUUCAAAGAGGAAGCAGACGCUCUAGCUGAAAAGUACAGCGUCCGAUCGGAAUAUCUAGAAGCGAAUGAUGAAAACGCUCUCGCUGCCUUAGCAUCAAAGGCGCGAGUUGUCGUUUCACUACUUCCGUAUGACUUACACGGGGCUGUUGCAAGAGCAUGUGUUAGUGCAGGAGCUCACAUGGUGACCGCUUCGUAUGUUCAACCUGAAGUAAAGGAGCUACACGAUGUAGCCAAAGAGGCUGGCGUAACAAUUCUAAACGAGAUCGGUCUCGACCCAGGCAUCGAUCACCUUUUGGCACUUGAGUGUAUCCAUGAUGUCCAGAACCACGGUGGAAGAGUUGACUCCUUCGUCUCUUACUGUGGUGGGUUACCUGCGCCUGAGUUCAGUGACAAUGCGCUCCGGUACAAAUUCUCAUGGAAUCCUCGCGGAGUUCUGCUCAAUACUAUUUCCGCGGCUAAAUAUCUUAGCAAAGGACAGAUUGUCGAAGUAUUAAGCGGCGGGGAGCUUAUGUCUGUAGCGCGAGAACUUGACUUCCUACCCGGGUUUGCUUUCGAAGGAUUCCCUAACAGAGAUAGUACUUCAUAUUCUACUUUAUAUGGAAUAGAGGACGCUCACACUAUGUUUAGAGGGACCUUGAGGUACAGAGGUUUUGCGGAAACCAUUAAGGCUCUACAGCUAUUCGGGUUCAUAGAUCCGAAUCCCCAUCCGUCUCUACACCCUGAAGGACCACAGAUUACUUGGAGAGAAUUUGCCUGUGAACUACUUGGUUUAAUGGAUUGUUCAAUAUUCUACGAGAACCUUAAGACUCGGCUAGUAGAACGUAUAGGCACAAAUGGUGCUCAGGCAAUCGAGUCCCUGGGAUUUCUUAGCGACGAACCUAUUAUCAAGUGCAGCUCCCCGCUAAACACCAUCAGCCAUUAUCUUAGCAAGAGACUGCAACUCGAGAAAGACGAAACAGACUUCGUGGUCCUCCGCCAUGAGAUAGGUGUGACAUGGAGUGACGGUAGGAAAGAGAGACGUGAAGUGACAAUGACGGUGCGUGGGGAUCCCGCUACUCACACUGCCAUGGCCCGCACUGUUGGUCUACCCACAGCUAUUGCUGCAAAGAUGGUUCUCGAUGGGGAAAUUCAAGAGCGAGGCGUCGUCCUGCCCUUCGCACCUGUAGUUUAUAAGUCUCUCCUUUCUCGAUUACGUUCCGAUGGCAUUACUGCAAGGGAGGUAUCAGUACCUCUUAACUAA